AUCCCCCUCCCUGGUAGUACUAGCUUACGAAAAAUUACUCAUUCGCCUCUCUGACAGCCUUCCUGGGCUCAUGAAUAUAUCGUACGGUACGGACACGAACACAUUCGCCACCACCCACUGACUGACGACCUUCCUAGGCGCAACUAAAAAUUUUAGGACAAAACACAUUUCUCGCAGGACAUUCCCAGACGAAUCAGUAGCUGACGCAAUCGGACUGCCACGGUGUGCCUUUUGACCCGUCGGAGUACAUCUUCGGUAACCGUGUAACCCUGCAUCCCGCUAGACACUGCCACAAGGGAUUCAAAGGCUGGAUGGCUGCCGCUGCCAGACAUUCUCUAUGGAUGGCUUCUCUCAUCUGCGCUCUUUACGCCGCGAGUGGCGUGGCGGCAGCUUCGUCUUCCAGCGGCGCUCUGACCCUAUUGCCUAACAACGCGUACGGCGCCAAGUGUCUCGACGGAAGUCCCCCAGGUUACUACUUUCGGCCCGGCGUGGGCGAGGGACGUCUCAAGUGGCACAUAUACCUUCCGGGGGGCGGGUGGUGCAUCGGUGAGAGCGACUGCGAGGCACGCAGCAAGGACUACCUGGGCCGCUCGUCUGCCUGGGCUUCAAGCGUUACUGGAAAUUCCGGCGGGCACGUGCCUCUAACGGACGGCAUUCUCAGCACCGACAGCGGCACGAACCCAUCUUUCUACAAGUGGAACACAGUCAUUAUCGCGUACUGCGAUGGAGGCGGGUACACCGGAACGAGGGGGAAGGUGGUAACUAAAUCGGGGAAGACCCUGUACUUGGAUGGGAGGAACAUCGUUCAAGCCGUGCUCGAUGACCUGAAAGCCAACCGGGGCAUGCGGUCAGCGUCAGAAGUGCUGCUCUCCGGCCAGUCUGCCGGCGGCCAGGCGGUUGUCAUGCUCUGUGACAAGGUGGCUGAGUCUGUUCCCUCUGCACGCACCAAAUGCAUCGCCGACUCGGGCUUCUUCCUCGAUUCCAAGGCUAUUGAUGGUGGGUCCAGCUUCCGGGAUUCAUUCGAGAAGUUUGCAGCGUUUCACCAGAUCCAAGUGCCCAACUGCAAGAGCGGCGCCAAGGCGAGCCAGUGGUUCUGCUACUUCCCCCAAUAUGCCCUGGGGCGAGUGAGCACCCCGAUCUUCAUCUACCAAUCAAUGCUCGACAACACAGCAGCCGUUCUUGGUAACCAGAUGAGUGCCGACAAUCCCAAGGGGACCAAAUGCCUGGAGGGCAUUCUCGGCGCGAAAAACAUCACCCAGGUGGUAAAAGACUGGUCCUGGGCAAAACACCCUCUGAAAAUCAGUGCGUGUAACAAGGCCGAGCAAGACUCGAUGCUCACAGUAGCGUCUACACUUUAUAUGCGUUUGAAGAAGCUUGCUAGGAAGCGGAGGAGCAUGGGAGUGUUCCUGGCGAAGUCAUACACGCACUCUGUUGUGGCCAAGUCUUUCUGGCGGACGGUACGAGCAGGGGGGGUGGACCUGCCUUCGGCCAUUUCAGACUGGUACAGCACUGGGCGAGGGACCUUCCUGUAUGGGUGAUGGAGCGCGUAUGCUGCUUGGCAGAGGAUUCAAUGGAGCGUUUCAGGCGACAGGUGCGCGCAGGGGGGGUAAACCUGCCUUCAGCCUUCAGAACGGAUGCGGGACCUUCCUGUACGGGUAGUGCAGCGGCGUGAUGUACCGGUAUAACCUGUCAGUCAGGACUAGACAAUGGUUUGGGAAAUUAUGGGUUGGGUAAGUUUUAUGUAUGGAAAAUGCCUGGACGUUGGUUUUGAUGCUUAGGUAGGUGUUGGUUUGUGUACAAUGUGGUGCUGUUACCUGUAGAGUGCUUAUGGCCUUGCUAGAGAGUAAAGUUAAAUACUUUAC